AAAUUAACACUGGCAAUGGGUGGAAAGAUUCAAGGGAUCUGUGUAGCAUGGAGUUUGUACUUAAGUUUGGCAUUGCUCUAAAUUUUGCAGCUCUUACCUCCAGAUUAUGAUGGCAAACCACCUUGUAAAACCUGAUACCAGAAAUUGCAAGAGACCCAGAGAGUUGGAGCCUCAAAUGCCAGAUAGUCCCCAACUGUCCUCUCCUGGAAAAUCAGAUGCCUCUUUCUCUGAAAGCUCUGGACUAUUUUAUAAAGAUGAAGCCCUGGAGAAAGAUUUGAAUGUGUUUUUUUUUUUAAUAGAUAUAAGCAAGGAAAUUAGUCUAAUGUUGUCUACAUAUGCAAAAAUUUUAAGUGAGAGAGCAGCAGUAGAUGCUUCUUUCAUCGAUGAAAUAGAAGGACUCUUCAAAGAAGCCAAUACUAUUGAAAACUUUCUAGUACAAAAAAGAGAGCUCCUGAGACAGAGGUUUACAGUUAUUGCAAAUACACUACACAGUUAAAAGUCGUGUACUUAAAAUAAGCUGAGAAUUUUAAAACCCAUUAUUGUUGUAAGGAAAUGACAUUUAUGCUCUAAAAGCUCUCUCCUUGUUAAAAUGUAUGCCUUACACAUAAAAGGGAUACACCUUGAAUUUCUUUUCUAGACUUAAAGGGGGCUUUAAACUUGAUAUUAAUACCUUUUGAGGGUCAGCUCUUUGGUGUAGUUAAAAAAAGUGUAAAUUAAAUUAUUGAUUCUUUUAUUUUUUUAACACCCUAGUCUUCAACUUCAAAAAGAGGAUUCAAUGAGUUAAUUUGAUGUUUAACAACAUUGUACUUUUUGGGGGGAAUAUUUUAUUUAAAUAGAAGAUAGCAUUGGAGAUAGUUUUAAAAUGUUUUUCAUGGUUAGUUUUAUAAAAAAAAUUAAAACCUACAGGUGAAUUGUUCAGUUUCUCAAUAUGUAGAAAACUAUGUGUGCUCUUGCUAUUUAAUAUAAUAAUUUUAUUAUUUCACUAUUAGUUAUUAUACAUGAUUAAUAAAAGUUUUUUGUUUAUAAUUAUUUUCUUGUGCUAUAAUAAAAACCAGAAAUAACCAGACCUCAUAUGA